AUGAGCGACGACGAAGACAUCGUAGUUGAGGGAGCCGAACUCGCUGCUGACGACCCUAUGCGCGCGUUCCUCCCCGCAUCGUUUGGCAAGAAAUCAAAGGAAGCCAACAUCGCCGCUCAAAUCGAUCGAAGCCGAAGAGUAGCGGAGAAGCCCGCGACGGGAAACUCGAAGGAAGGAUCUGCAGGUCCGCCCAUAACAGACCAGAGCGAGAAGAAGUCCGACUCAGACAAUGACAGUGACAGCGACGACGACUCUGACUCGGACGAUUCGGAUGACGGCGACGAGUACCCGGUCUCCCACGAGCUGGUCCUGAAGACGCACGAAAGAGCGGUGACGACGGUUACGCUGGACCCGGCCGGCGGACGGCUCGUGUCUGCGUCGCUCGAUUGCAAAAUCAAUCUUCACGACUUCGCUUCCAUGACGCCCAGUACGCUCCGCGCAUUCCGCAGCGUCGAUCCAUGGGAAACGAAAGCUUCCGCCGCAAGCGCCGAGUCGCACCCUAUCCACCAUGUCGAGUUCAACCACCUCUCGGGCAGCGUCUUCCUCUGCGUAUCGGCGCAUCCGCAAGCAAAAAUCAUGUCGAGGGACGGAGAUAUCUUGACAGAGUUCGUCAAAGGCGACAUGUACCUACGGGACAUGAACAACACGAAGGGCCACAUCUCCGAGGUCACAACAGGAACGUGGCAUCCCGCCGACAAAAACCUGUGCAUCACUGCAGGCACCGACAGCACCCUGAGGAUCUGGGAUAUCAACAACAAACGAAGCCAGAGGGACGUGAUUGUCUUCAAAUCCAGGGCAGCUGGAUCGGCAGGUCGUACGAGGAUGACGGCGGUCGCAUGGGGCUCGCCAGUGCAAGGCGGCAACAAUGUGCUUGUGGCCGCAGCUCUUGACGGCUCACUGGUGAUGUACAGCGGCAACAGCCCCUUCUCACGGCCCACAGCCGAAGUUCGCGACGCCCACAAGCCGGACACGUGGACUGGAGGCAUCGAUAUUUCUUCGGACGGCCGAAUGGUGGUUACUCGUGGAGGAGACAACACGAUCAAGUUAUGGGAUAUGCGCAAGUUUAAGACGCCUCUGGUUACUGUUGACCACGCAUCGACUUCAGAUCACUUCCCGAUGAGCAAUAUUCGAUAUUCGCCAAAUUCGACGAGCAUUCUCACGGGAUCCGCGACGGGCGAUCUGCACAUUCUGAACCCUGGCAAUCUUCGUCCCGAGCACGUCACGCCCAUCACGCCUGGAGCACCCCUCAUCACUGUCGAUUGGCACCCGAAGAUCAACCAGAUCGUUACUGGAUCGGCCAACGGAGAAACACACGUAUUAUACAAUCCGACAAUGUCUACACGAGGUGCUGUCGAGGUCAUGUCACGAGCACCGAAGAAGCGUCACAUCGACGACGACCCGACUCGCACGACGGACUUGUCGGUGGGAAUUUCGGGUGACUCCAUAGUGACGCCGGGCAGCGCGAUGGCUGGUAGGAGGACGGGUGGAGUCACGGCUUCUGGCAAGUCCAGGGAUCCAAGAAGACCAGAGGUGCUGCAGCAAACGCCGUUCAUGCGGAAUCAGCCAGACGAAAAGCACAUCGCAGAGAACAUACCUCUUGCGAAGAUGCUUCAUGAGGACCCUCGAGAAGCGCUACUCAAGUAUGCCGAUGCUGCCCAGAAGGACCCCAUGUUCACUGCGGCGUGGCAGAAGACACAGCCGGUUACUCAGUACGCGAAUGUGAGCGACGAAGAGGAGGGACCAGACAAAAAGAAGGUCAGGAGGUAA